UUUGACCCCGAAAGUCUCUUCUAUGUUGCACUUGCCCUGACAGCGUGCCGCCUACUCAUCAUCACCAAGCCAAACACCAGGGUUUUUCCCGCCGCCGCCGCCGUCGACCUCUCCUCGUUCCGAUCAUCCACGGUCGGCCCUCCGAUGGAGGUGCCGCCGGAGUGGCCGGCCGGCCGGGUCCGGGAGGUUUUCAUCGACUUCUUCAAGUCCAGGUCGCACACGCCAUGGCCGUCGAGCCCCGUGGUGCCCGUCGGCGACCCCACGCUCCUGUUCACCAACGCCGGGAUGAACGGGUUCAAGGCGAUAUUCCUGGGCCUGGCCGCCCCGGGCUCGCCGCUGGGCCGCCUGCGCCGCGCCUGCAACACGCAGAAGUGCAUCCGCGCCGGCGGCAAGCACAACGACCUGGACGACGUGGGGAAGGACACCUACCACCACACCUUCUUCGAGAUGCUCGGGAGCUGGUCCUUCGGGGACUACUUCAGGGAGGAGGCCAUCGAGUAUGCGUGGGAGCUCCUCACCCAGGUCUACAAAUUGCCCACUGAUAGAAUUUAUGUAACAUACUUUGGUGGUGAUGAGAAAGCUGGUCUCACUCCCGAUACCGAGUCGAAAAUCAUAUGGUUGAAGUAUCUACCGAAUGAAAGAGUUCUGCCUUUCGGUUGCAAGGAUAACUUUUGGGAGAUGGGCGACACAGGUCCUUGUGGGCCAUGCUCAGAGAUUCAUUUUGAUCGUAUUGGCAACCGUGAUGCAGCUUCAUUAGUGAAUAAUGAUGACCCUACAUGUAUUGAGAUAUGGAAUCUUGUGUUUAUUCAGUUCAACAGGGAAUCAGAUGGUACUUUGAGAUCCUUGCCAGCAAAACACGUUGACACUGGAAUGGGCUUCGAGCGUUUAACUUCUAUCCUUCAGAAUAAAAUGAGCAAUUACGAUACAGAUGUAUUCAUGCCAAUAUUUGAUGCCAUCCACAAGCUGGCAGGCGUUGGAAUUCAACCAUACUCUGGUAAAUUAGGAUCCGAUGAUGUUGGGCAAGUUGAUAUGGCAUAUAGGGUUGUUGCAGAUCACAUAAGAACCCUUUCUUUUGCUAUUGCUGAUGGUUCUCAACCUGGAAAUGAGGGAAGAGAGUAUGUUCUAAGACGUAUACUUAGACGUGCUGUCCACUUUGGUCAUCAAAAAUUGAUGGCAAAGAAAGGGUUUUUUAGCUCCCUUGUAGAUGUUUUUGUCCAAUUGAUGGGUGACGUGUUUCCUGAGCUGAAGGACAAUCAAAAAAAGAUUAAAGAUAUAAUUAAAGACGAAGAGGCAAGCUUUGAGAACACUCUAGUGAAGGGAUAUGAGAGAUUUAAGAAAGCUGCAGAUGCUGAGAAUGGUGGGGCAGUACUUAGUGGCCAGGAUGCAUUUGUUCUGUGGGACACCUAUGGUUAUCCAAUUGAUUUGACCGAGGUCAUGGCAGUUGACUUCGGGCUCUCUGUUGACAUGGAGGGUUUUAAUGUUUGUAUGGAAGAAGCAAGGCAAAAGGCUAGGAAUGCUCGCUACAAGGCUGGUGGCAAAUCUAUUGUCCUGGAUGCUAAUGCUACAUCGCAGCUGCACAAUCAGGGGCUUGCCAGCACAAAUGAUAGCCCGAAAUUCAAACACGAGGUACAUAGCAGUGUUGUGAAAGCUAUCUAUACUGGCUCAGAGUUCAUAGCCACUGCUUCUGGUGAUGAAGAUUUUGGUCUUGUUUUGGAAAGCACAAGCUUCUAUGCAGAACAGGGUGGUCAGAUCUAUGACACUGGGAGUAUCGAGGGGCCAUCUGGAUCUUUCGCUGUGAACAAUGUCCAAGUGUUUGCUGGCUAUGUCCUGCAUAUCUGUUCAUCUCUGGAAGGGCCUGACUCCAAGGCAUUGUCUGUUGGCGAUGAAGUGAAAUGCAAGGUUGAUUACACACGGCGUGCUCUCAUUGCUCCAAACCACACAUGUACCCAUAUGCUGAACUUUGCUCUAAGGGAAGUACUUGGUGACCAUGUUGACCAGAAAGGUUCCAUUGUUCUUCCAGAGAAGCUGAGAUUUGAUUUCUCCCAUGGGAAACCUGUUCAGCCUGAAGAUUUGAGAAGAAUCGAGGAUAUAGUGAACCAGCAAAUAAAGGACGGGCUGGAGGUAUCUGCACAAGAAAUAAAAUUAGCUGACGCGAAGCGCAUAAGUGGCCUGCGAGCGGUGUUCGGCGAAAUCUACCCUGACCCUGUAAGAGUUGUAUCGAUUGGUCCCAAAGUGGAAGAUCUGCUUGCAAACCCUGAAAGCAAACAAUGGUUAUCCAUAUCAACUGAGCUGUGUGGAGGUACGCACAUUUCGAACACUAGAGAUGCUGCAGCAUUUGCCCUCAUAUCUGAAGAGGGUAUCGCAAAAGGUGUUCGGAGGAUAAUGGCUGUUACUGCUGAGUGUGCCUCCCAGGCUAUCAAGUUGGCACAAUUGAUCGAAACUGAUAUCAAUGAAGCAUCUAAACUACUGGACGGAGCGACAUUGGAAAUGAAAAUUGGGUCCAUCAAGAACACACUGGAUGCAGCUGCUAUCCCAGCUGCAAGAAAAGCUGAUCUAAGAGGCAAUAUCUCAAAAUUGGAGGAUCAACUUAGGAAGGCGAAGAAGAAAAUGGGCGAAGAAAAUAUCCAAAAGGCUGUCAAGACUGCCAUGGAUGCCGCAGAAGCUGCUCUUUCUGAAGGAAAACCCUUCUGUGUUGCUCGUGCCGAUGUCGGUCUUGACACCACUGCUGUCCGUGAAGCAGUUGUCAAAGCCAUGAACCGUUUCAAGAGUCUGCCGAUGAUGGUAUUCAGCACAGACGAGGCAUCAAACAAGGCUGUUGUUUAUGCUGGUGUACCUCCCGACGCACCCAAUGGCUUCAAGGUGUUGGAUUGGCUUACACCUUCAAUCGCACCACUCAAGGGGAGAGGAGGCGGCGGCAAGAACGGUCUUGCCCAGGGCCAGGGAAGUGAUGCUUCUCGGGUCAAGGAGGCCAUGGAGAUUGCUACCCAGAUAGCUUCAAUGAAGCUGAGCUGAUUUGUUGACACUGGCCUUUGAAGUCUGUUUCAACAGUACCAUAUGUAAAUGUGUUAGUAUAGUUUGGUUUAUCAAAAUUGAGAGAAAUAGUGAAAUUUCUAUAUCAAUCAAUGGCUGUUGUGCUUACUAUAAAAAAAAAUGCUUAUAACAAUCAUCCUUUGAAGUCUCACGGCUGGCUCGCGUCCCAGUUUCGAUUUGGCUUCGGUGGGAAGCCACCAUUAUUGGGGGUGGCUUCCUCUUCAUGGAUAGUUCGUAUGGAUGUGGAUUGUGUAGGCAUGGCAUGGUUUCGGUGUAGAGAGAAUUACGAGUCCCAUGUAAUUUGUGACAUCUUAUGAACUUUUUUUUUACUAAUUCUGAAUGGACUAUGAUAUUUUUUUACCCGAGGCCUAGAUGCCACAGAAAAUCGAAAUCCGAGCAGUCCGACCAUUGUAGCAAAAA